AAAUGCAGCCCCAGCACGCCCGUCGAAGCAGUCACAUCCACCAACCCUCCAGGUAGUGAUCUCCUUGCGCGUUGCUUCCCACUGCUGCUCUCUCCAUUUCCUGCUACUGCUUCCGCCGGGAUCUGCUGAUGGAGGCGGUGGAAGACACCACGCUGGAGGCCGCGAUCGGGUGGCUUACAGAUACAAUCCUUGCUAAUCUCCCUUCCAGCGGCAAGCUGGAUUCCUGGAUUCGCCAAGCUGGCCUUGGCAACGACGUGGAGGAGCUCAAGUCCGAGGUGGAGGCAGUGGAGAUGGUGGUUUCUGCUGUGCACGGGAGGGCGACCGGAAACAAGCCGCUGGCCCGAUCUCUUGCUCAUAUCAAGGAGCUGCUCUACGACGCUGACGAUGCGGUCGAUGAGCUCGACCACUACAGGCUACAGCAGGGUCUCCAAUCAGAGACGCUGCCCGAAAUGGAUGGACAUGGAACGCAACAAGUUGAGAGAUCUAGAGAAAAUGCUGAUGAUGUACAGAGUAGCAGUAAUGGCAGGUUACGGUCCAAGGAAUGGGUUCACUUUGACAUCAUAGACUCUGACGAAAAGGAACGGCCUGCCAAAGCAAGAUGUAAGCGCUGUCAAAAGGAGCUUAUGUGCGAUACCAGAAAUGGGACAUCAGUUUUGCGCAAUCAUCUCAAGAGCAAAAGUUGUACCAAGAAACGUGGACCAACUGACCCUUCUUCAAGCACUGCUGAUGCUACUACAAUUCCUACACAUGUUGCAGCUGGUAAUUCGUCUAGCAGAAAAAGGAUGAGAACCGGACAGGAGUCAACACAGAUCACCACAGCUAACCCAAACGGUUGGAACAAGGAUGCAUUUUCUGAAAGGAUACAAAACAUCACUAGUCAGUUGCAAGGCAGGCGAGAGGCUAUCACAGGGCUUCUCAAGAUACUUGGGCCAGACUUAGAUGGUGCAAGUUCAAGUCACUGUCAGAGUAGAGUCUCAGAUCCACGCCGAAGAACAUCAAGUCUUGCUCAAGGAAAAGUGUAUGGGAGAGCUGCAGAGAAGAGAUCCAUCAAAAAGUCGAUAGAAAAACACAAAUCAACUGCCAGUGUAACUGUUCUGCCUAUUGUAGGCAUCGGAGGAGUUGGGAAGACAGUUGUCGCUCAGCUUGUAUACAAUGAUCCAGCUGUGGAAAGUCAAUUUGAUCACAAGAUAUGGAUUUGGGUGUCUAACAACUUUGAUGAAAUGAGAAUCACAAGAGAGAUGUUAGAUUACGUCUCCCAAGAAACGCAUGAGGGCCUAUGCAGCUUUCCCAAGCUUCAGGAGGUCUUGAAGGGUCAUAUUAAAUCAAAGAGGGUUCUACUUGUUUUAGAUGAUUUUUGGGAAGGCAUGGAUGAUGGCCGAUGGAACAAAUUAUUGGCUCCUUUCAAUUCUGAUGGCGCAACUGGCAAUAUGAUAAUUCUGACAACUAGAAAACCUUAUGUUGCCAAAAGGAGAGGUACAGCUGGACCAAUUAACUUAGGUGCUUUGGGAAAGGACUAUUUUUGGCAAUUAUUCAAAUCAUGCGCAUUUGGUGAUGAGAAUUACGAAGCGCAAGCAAGUCUAAGUGACUUAGGGCAGGAAAUAGCACAAAAGUUAAGAGGAAACCCAUUAGCAGCACAAACUACUGGGACACUAUUAAGAGAUCAUCUUACAGUGGAUCAUUGGAGUAACAUUUUGAAGACCGAAGCAUGGAAAUCCCUUAACCAUGAUGGUGGCAUCAUGUCUUCUUUGAAGCUUUCCUAUGAUGAGCUGCCCUACCGUUUACAACAAUGCUGCUCAUAUUGUUCUAUAUUCCCCUAUGAUUAUGAAUUUGCUUCCGAGGAGCUAGUUCGUCUUUGGAUUUCACAGGGAUUUGUGAAGCGUGAUCAUUCAAAUAAGAGUUUGGAGGAGAUGGGACAGUACUAUCUGACUGAUUUGGUGAACCUAGGCUUUUUCCAUUUUGUUCGGCAAACUUGCUAUGCUAUGCGUGGCCUGAUGCAUGAUUUUGCAAGGCUAGUUUCAAGAACUGAGUGUGCAGCUUUGGAUGGUUUGCAUUGCAAUGAAAUUUUGCCAACUAUACACCAUUUGUCUAUAGUAAUCAGUUCUGUAUAUUUUGGGAACAUACCUCGCAGUGACAAGUUUGAAUUUCUCCUGCAAAAUAUAGUCGCAUCUGUGAGAAAGUUGAGGUCAUUGGUGUUAAUUGGGAAAUAUGACUCCUUUUUCUUCAAAGCAUUCCAAGAUGUAUUUGGGAAAGCACAUAAUUUGCGUUUGUUGCAAAUGUCUGUAACAUCUGCUGAUUUUAAUUCUUUCCCAUGUAGCUUGGUAAAUCCUACAAGUCUUCGGUAUCUAAAACUUCAGGAUGAUCAUACUGAGCAGAAGGCUUUCCCUCAUGUAUUGAGCAAGUUUUUCCAUCUUCAAGUAUUGGAUGUUGUUUUCAUUAAUUCAUUGCAUAUGGUUCAUCUAGAGGAUUGCGAAGGAUGGAGAAUACUUCAAUCUCUGGAAAUGCUUCGGUUUCUUAAAAGAUUGAAGUUGCGCAACAUGCAAAGAGUAAAAGAAAUAUCGGUUCCGUCACUGGAGGAGCUAGUUUUAGAUGGAAUGCCAGAUUUACAAAGAUGUUCCUGUACUUCUGUGGGUGAUAUGAUGUCUAGUUUAAGGGUGCUCGAGAUCAAGAGUUGCCCUGCACUUAAGGUGUUUGAUUUGUUUCAGAAAGGUCAUAACUACACAACUGAGCAGAAGCCAUGGUUGCCCAGUCUGAGGAAACUCAUCAUUUGUGAUUGUCCUCAUUUGCAACCACAGAUCCCCCUUCCACCUUCAGCCACAUUUUCUGAACUUUUAAUCAGUGGAGUUUCAACAAUUAUGACAAUGGAGGGAUCUUCCAUGGAAAAUUUCAAAAUUAGCGGAGAUACACUUUUGCGUGAUACACUCGAUGACAAAAUUUUGGCAUUCCAUAAUCUUAAGGAUAUCAAAUACUUGGAGAUAUUGUGGUGCAAAAACCUAACAUCUAUUUCAUUCAAAGGUUUGAGUCAGCUCAUCUCUUUAAAGAGUUUGAAAAUAGAGUACUGCACAGAACUUUUCUCUCUAGAUUUUGUGGCAGAGCAUACCCAUGAAGACAUGAUAACUGUAAAAGAUGCUGCUCUCCCAUCUCUUGAAAGUCUCUAUAUUAAAGAAUGUGGAAUGACGGGAAAGGGGCUAUCUCUGAUGCUGCGACAUUCGUCAACCCUGAAGGAAUUGGAUUUAAUUGGCUGUCCGCAGUUGAAACAACUGAAGAUAGAAGAGGAAGAAAAAGUCCCAGCUUCUUGGACAUCAAGAUAUCUAUGUGAUGCGUCAUCAGGAUAUGCAGAUGACACACGGCCAAGCAUAGCUGUAGAUGAACUCGUGCACAUUCCGUUGAAUCUCAGAAAGAUAACAAUUGGUGGAUGCCCUCAUCUAAUAUUUGAUGGGAGUAGGGAAGGAUUGGCUGGAAUUACCAUCCUCGGGGAGGAGGUAGAGGAAGAGGGCCAAGAGAAUGGCAGAUGUCUCCUCCCGCAAUCACUUGAACAACUUGUUUGGUAUGAUUAUUCCCAAAAAACUCUGCGGCCCUGCUUUGUGGGUAAUCUCCCGUGCCUCAAAAAGUUGGAAGUAAACAGUGGAAGCUUGGAAUAUCUACAGCUGGAUUCCUGUACGGCCUUAGAAGAUUUAGAAAUUAGAUUGUGUGAACAGCUCGUCGCAUUACAAGGCAUGCAAUCGCUUGGAACCCUCAGGUCUUUGGUGUUAUGUAAGAACUCAAGAUUUGAAUCACUACAGCUGCAUUCCUGCACAGCGCUGGAACGUUUGGAAAUUCAUCAGUGUAGAUCGCUUGUCUCAUUAGAGGGCUUGCAGUCUCUCGUGGAUCUGAAACAUUUGAUAAUAGUUAAGUCCCCUACCUUGGAUUACUUUAGCAUAAUGGAGAGUUAUGAGCCAGUUGAGGGUAUUUCAAGUCAUAGCUGUGAGUUAUUCCCUGCACUGGAAAGUCUCGAGACCGAUAACUUGUCUACCCUGAACAUGUCAUUCUGCAAGGGUCUCACCUGCCUCCGAAGCCUAAGGCUUACUCAUUCGGAUGCAACGAGACUAACAGAUGAGCAAGAGAAAGCACUUCUGCUCCUUGGGUCCCUGCAAGAGCUCCAAUUUAAGCAUUUUUGGCAUCUCGUAUAUCUUCCUACAGGGCUGCGCAGCCUCCCUUCCCUCAAGAGUUUGGAGAUCAUAUUUUGUAAUAGCAUAUCAGGGCUUCUGAAGGAGGGCCUCCCACCUUCGCUGGAAAAACUGGAGAUCUACAACUGCAGCGCCGAGUUAUCAGAAGGAUGCAGAUUACUAGCAACAAACAAGCUAGAGGUCGAAAUUGAUGGGGACUAUGUGGACUGAUCGCUGAGUACCUUUCUAAGGUUCGGUUUCACUUCAAAACCUCGUCCUCACGCGCUCAUGAUAACGGUGAAGAUAGAUGAACGCUGGGAGUUGCUGGGAUUUCAGAAAACAAACUGGGGAUUUAUGCUGCCAUGUCGGAAAAGCCUACCUACUAUCCUGCUGCCAUAUCUGAAAUCUGAAAUCUUCAACAGUUCCUUGACUGCAUUCAGAAGACAGAUCCAGAGAUGCUGGGACAGGAAUUUGAUAAUCAGACUCAGACCAGACCAACAUGCUAGGAUUGAUCGAACUCGUAUCUCCGUCAGAAAUUUGGGAUGGCCUUGCCAGUGGACGUACAUUCUGAAUCUAUCUCCUCCGACGGGAAGAGUUCCUGCUCAUCUCCGUUUCAUGUUCAGGGUUCAGGUAAGGCAAGCAACCCGCCUGCAUGCUCACUGGUAAUACAAAUAACCCCAUUUUGAAGGCGCAAUGGAUGAGCUAUGUCGACACACUGCUUGCUUGACCGUUUUAUGAACCUUCCAUGCAACAAAGGAGGAUCCAGGGGCAUGUGUCAGUGAGGAGUCUCAACUUGUUGGCCUAUUGUCAGUGCAUUUGUUUGUAUUCUGGUAUUGACGGUGGUUAGUCGUCCCAAGUUUUCAGUUCUUGUGUACUUGUUUAUUUCUUUUUCCUUGUUUUGACCUUGGGCAGUAACUCUGUAACUGAACAUCACUUCUGUGAAUGGUGAUCUAGCUUGUCAGUACUUGUAUGA